UUCUCCGUUUAAAUAUCUGGAAACACCCCUCUGUUUCUGUCACCAUAUCUAUCAACACCAACAACUCUUUCUCUCAAUCUUCAAGCGCAAUUCUCUAAUUAUUCUUUUAAUUUCUUAUUUUCCGCAUUUAUUUAAUUUAUUUAUUUAUUUAAUUUUCUGUACUGUUAUCUAUUUUUCUCACGAGAAAAUCCCCAAAUACAUCAAUGGCGGAAAUGAAAGACGCUCACAUCGUCGAAAUUCCAGUAGACGAAGAGCACCAGCAGAAACUCUCCUCCGCCUUGCAAACGAUCUCCGCCAUCCAGAACCAUCCACUGGCGGAGAUCUCCCAAAGCUCCGGCCACUUUCUGCUCCUCAAGCUCUGGCAGAGAGAAGAGGAUAUCUCCGGCCGGAGAAUCUCCCGGAAGGAAUCUAGAAAGGACGCGGUCGGGAGAGAAAUCUUCCAGCUCUGCUGCUUCUUCUUCGUAUUCCACGGCCUAUUCCUCACGAUCCUGUUCGCAUCGUCCUCCUCGGUGGCCGGCGAUCGGUGCCAAAAGUGGUGGAUACCUUCGAUUUUGUCGCUCUGCACCUCCCUCGUGCUUGUGUUCCUCGUUCAAUUGAAGCUUUGCAGGUACUGGAAAGUGGAUCGGCAGUUGCAGAGGGAUCGGGCCGAGGGCCGGGCCCUGACCAGGUGCAUUCAGGAAUUGAGGAUGAAAGGUGCCAGCUUCGAUCUGAGCAAGGAGCCGUUGAUUAACGGGAAGAGAUUGAAGAGCUCGAGCGUCGAGAUCAAAUGGAGGCCGCUCACUUGGUGCUCGAAUUAUAGAGUGACUGUUUUUCUUUUUUGUUUUGCAGGUUUAGUUUUGCCCUGCUGCAGAUUCAUCCUCUGUGCUUGAAGAUGAUUUCAUCCAUUGAGCUGCUGCUUUUUCUCAAACCCCAAAAAUAAGUGAAAGAUGUGGAAUGGCUACUUUGCAUUGGUUCAUUUCUUUACAAGGGGAAUGAAGCUCUCUUGGUCCGAUUGUUCUAUUCUCCAUCGACGAAAUCACGACAUAGAAAGAUUACACACGCGUUUUGUUACGAGUUCAAACUGACAACAGACAAGAAGAAGAAUUGUCUCGUUGGAGUCGAAAUGUGAUAUAGAAACACUGCUUGUGUACCAAUUUUAUGAUCAGAAUUGAAAAUCCCUUGUGUACAUAGCAAACACAAUUGAACAACGAUAAAUUAAUAAUCUCGUUUAACGAAUAAUUUUUCCCGGUCCCGCCUCGUAGUAAACGUAUUCAAUUAUUAGUUCGACCUGAAUUAGUUCAUAGAGAGUUUGUUGUUUGGGGAAGGAUUUCAUUUAAGCUGGGAUAUGAUUUGCCAGGAAAUACUUUAAAAUCACAGAUUGUUUGGACUUUUGCUAUUAUUAAAAGUUACUUCUGCUA